AUGGGCUAUCAGCGGGAGAAUUAUAUCUUCAAUGCGUCCCAGCUGGGGUACAUUGAGGGUUUGACCAUACUUUCGAACGACAACCCUGUCCUUCGCUAUUUUGGUGGCAUACCUUACGCCUUGCCUCCCAUCGGUCCCUAUCGGUUUCGGGCUCCUCGAAAGCUCCCACCUCUCUACAGAUACGGCACUAAGGCAAACCCUGGACGCUUCACAGGUAGUGCAGCGACAUGUCCGCAGCCCCCAAGCCGGGUACCGCCUGACCCAGCCCUCUUUGAUGAGGAUUGCCUGCAGCUUAAUAUUUGGCUGCCUGCUAACGGACCGCAAGAAGGGCUGUGGCCGGUACUGUUCUACCUCCAUGGCGGCUUCUUGCAGUGGGGAAGUCCCAACUGGGGGCCCGAGGCCCUAGUGCGACUGAUCAGCGAGUCUGCUUUCCGUGGCAUUGUUGUUAUGCCGGCAUAUAGACUUAAUGCGCUCGGCUUUCUGACGGGGAAAGAGCUUGCUGACGAGAGCCAGGGUGGCAUUCAUGGCCCAUUAGGGAACAUGGGCUUUUGGGAUCAACGGACAGCUUUAGAAUGGGUCUCCCAGAACAUUCACGCCUUUGGCGGAGAUUCGAACAACAUCACCGUUGGUGGGUACUCAGCUGGUGGACUUUCAGCCUUUCAGCAGCUGGCGUACGAACUUUACCAGAAGCCAGAUAUCGAAGCAAUAAUCAGAAGGGUCUUUAUGCUAUCGAAUAGCCCUGGUGUUGAACCCAAGCCUCUGUCAGAUCACCAAAAGCAAUUCGACGAGUAUAUCUCACGACUUGGUAUUCCGCUCAACUUGGACCCUGCUCGCAAACUAGAAAGACUGCGAGCGCUUCCUUACCAGAGGUUGGUAGAUGUCCAGAGUGAAAUGACGACAUCUGAGUUUCGAGCACUGGCUGAUGGCCAUUUCUAUCCGCGAGACCUUCGCGGCAAUAUUAACAACGGUGACUUCGCAAAGCGGAUGAAGAAUCGCAAUGUUAAUUUGCUGCUUGGCGAAUGCAAAGAAGAGCACGCUUCGUAUCGAGGCUGGCGUACGCCGGAAAAUACUUACGCAGGCCUAUACAAUCGCCUUAGUGGAGAAUAUUCCGAGGGAGUGGCUCAAAAGCUCAUGGAACAUUACUGCAAACCCAUGCAGUCCCUCCCAUCUUCUUACAAAGAUUGGCAAGACCUCUUUGGUUACAUCUAUGCGGACAUCCAAGUCUAUCAUCUCCAGAGAGGAUUCUUAAACACACUCUUCAAAGGCGGUCUAGAACCAGGCAAAGAUGUACUCCGAUAUCGUUUUGAUCGACGGCUGGGCUGCGUUGAUGAGAUAAUGCCUAUUGAGUGGGGAGUCACACACGCAACCGACGUGCCUCUAUGGUUUUGGGGAAUGAACUUAUCGAACGGUCUGACAGAACAGGAAAAGUCCUGGUUGGAUGCUUGGAACAAAGAUUUCGCUGCCUUCGUGGAUGGGAAGCCAGUAAGAUGGGGGCCAAGGAAGCCGAAGGAAAUGAGAAGAUGGAGGAGCGAUGGUGGAACGGAUAUUUGGGAAGAUGACAGGUGGGAAAAGGGUCUGGAAGUCUGGGAGCUAUUGAACGGCGGACAUUGA